UCCCCCUCUGAGCCAAUGUCGAGGAGCCCGCGAGUGGCAUGGCUGCCCUAUGUUCGGCGGUUUCAGGUUCUGGAGCUAGUGCUGCGAGGUAGUUCUGACUGUCUCCGGGUACUCAAACUAGCCAGGUUUUUCAGGUCCGCGAUCCUAGUCUCCUGUCGUGACGCAGAGCCCAGGCUUUGAGGAUCAUGGAUCCUUUGGAUACAUGGGACUUCUCAUCUUUAAUAUCAUUAUGGAUAAACAGAUUUUACCUAUAUCUGGGCUUUGCCUUUGGUAUUAGCCUUUGGAUUUGUUUCCAGAUUGCCAUCAGGAAGCAGUUGUUUAUCUUCAAGGACAAGAACUCACAGGAGAAAUCAGUUCCAAAAGCAACUCGGGAUGUGAUGACAAAUGGUUAUGUCUCUCUUCAAAAGAAGGAAAUUUUUGUGUCUGGAGUGAAGAUAUUCUAUGGUUCCCAGACUGGUACAGCAAAGAAAUUUGCAACAGUUCUUGCUGAAGCUGUUACUUCCCUAGAUCUGCCUGUGGCAAUUAUUAACCUGAAAGACUAUGAUCCAGAUGAUAAUCUAAUAGAAGAGGUUACUAGUAAAAAUGUUUGUGCCUUCCUGGUUGCUACAUACACUGAUGGUCGACCAACCGAGAGUGCCGAGUGGUUCUGCAAAUGGUUAGAGGAAGCAUCCAGUGAUUUUCGAUUUGGCAAAACUUACCUGAAGGGUAUGAAAUAUGCGGUGUUUGGCCUUGGAAAUUCUGUCUAUGUGGGCCACUUCAACAAGGUUGGCAAGAAUGUUGAUAAGUGGCUCUGGAUGCUUGGUGCCCAUCGUGUGAUGACCCGUGGGGAGGGUGACUGCAACGUGAUUAAAAGCAAACAUGGCAGCAUCGAAGCUGACUUCAGAGCUUGGAAGACCAAGUUUGUCUCCCAGCUUCAGGUGCUUCUUAAAGGAGAGAAGAAAUCCUGUGAUGGCAAUUGCAAGAAAGGCAAAUGUGAAUCUAAUCCGCAUGGCUCAAAGAACAUAAAGCCAGGGCCUCAUACUCAGGAUGGGUUGCAUCAGAGGGACACUGAGGAGGAGGAGCCCUUUGAAAGUUCCAGUGAGGAAGAGUCUGGUACUGAGGACCACCAGAGUCUAACUUCUGUUGUUGAUGUUGAGGACCUUGGCAAAAUUAUGAAUCAUGUGAAGAAAGAAAAGAGAGAAAAGGAGCAGCAGGAAGAGAACACUGGUUUGUUCAGAAGCACAGCGAAGAAUGAAGCUGGUGAAAGAAGAGCUAUGAUAACUCCUGCUCUCCGAGAAGCCCUUACUAAACAAGGUUAUCAGUUGAUUGGGAGCCAUUCUGGGGUGAAGCUUUGCAGAUGGACAAAGUCAAUGCUCCGAGGGAGAGGAGGUUGCUAUAAACAUACAUUCUAUGGCAUCGAAAGCCAUCGUUGCAUGGAAACCACCCCAAGCCUAGCAUGUGCAAAUAAAUGUGUCUUCUGUUGGCGGCACCACACCAAUCCAGUGGGCACUGAGUGGCGGUGGAAGAUGGACCCGCCUGAAGCAAUCUUAGAGGAAGCCAUUGAAAACCAUCAGAACAUGAUCAAGCAGUUUAAAGGAGUACCAGGUGUCAAAGAAGAGCGAUUUAAAGAAGGAAUGAUGGUAAAGCACUGUGCAUUAUCCCUUGUGGGAGAACCCAUCAUGUAUCCAGAAAUUAACAGGUUUUUGGAGCUACUCCAUGAGUGUAAAAUCUCCAGUUUCCUGGUCACAAAUGCCCAAUUCCCUGUGGAAAUCAGGAAUCUCAAACCGGUGACCCAGCUAUAUGUCAGUGUGGAUGCUAGCACCAAGGAUAGCCUGAAGAAAAUUGACCGCCCACUCUUCAAGGACUUCUGGCAAAGAUUUCUUGACAGUUUAAAAGCCUUGGCAGCAAAGCAACAGCGAACUGUCUAUAGACUGACUCUCGUUAAAGCCUGGAACGUGGAUGAGCUCCAAGCCUAUGCCGAGCUGGUGUCUCUAGGGAGCCCUGACUUCAUCGAAGUGAAGGGUGUUACUUACUGUGGAGAGAGUUCAGCGAGCAAUCUCACCAUGGCCAACGUGCCCUGGCAUGAGGAAGUGGUACGCUUUGUCCGUGAAUUGGUGGCUCUGAUCCCUGACUAUGAAAUUGCUUGUGAACAUGAACAUUCCAAUUGCCUCCUGAUUGCUCACAAAAAGUUUAAGAUUGAUAGAGAAUGGUGGACGUGGAUUGAUUAUAACCGCUUCCAGGAGCUUAUUCAGGAAUACGAAGACAGUGGUGGAUCAAAAACUUUCGGCGCAGAGGAUUAUAUGGCCAAAACGCCUCCCUGGGCAUUAUUUGGUGCCAGUGAAAGAGGCUUUGAUCCCAAGGACACAAGAUACCAGAGGAAGAACAAAUCAAAGGAUAUUUCGGGAUGUUAAGACUAUCUGAAUUUAGGAUACUGAAGGACAAAAACUAAGGGAUGUUAAGACUAUCUGAAUUUAGGAUACUGAAGGACAAAAACUAAUGGCCCCAGAGAGUUCUCAGGCUCCACUGUGAUUUUUUUUCAAGGACAAAUUGCACAAAUUAUAUUUCAUACGGAGGAGACUGUGAGACAGAACAUGGGGAUGCAAGUCACGUCCUGGGGGUGAAGAGACAGCAUCCCCACUUGGAGUUCCACAGCCUCACUAUUUCUUUCCAGAACUCAAUCCCUUUCCUAUUUUAUUUCUGAGAAGAAAAUUAUUUAGGGGGUUGGGGAGUAUACACAGUCAUUAUUAGAAUCUAACUGACCGUCUAUGAAUUGUAAUUAGGCUCCUGAAAAUGCUGUUCAUGAGGGUGUUACACAGAAUGAAUGUCUUCCUCUUCCCCUUGCGGGCUGUUGGCCUUUGUGGACUGUACUACCCUGAGGUAAGUGUAUCUGCACCAAGAUCUCUACCCUCUUCUUAUAUAUGAAAGUAAUUUAGGUUGCCAUACUUCUCAAUUAUUUUUUAAAUACUGCAUAGAUUACUACACAUUUUUGCUUAGUGCCAACCUUGUUGAAUUUGUUUUAAAACUGGACUAGAUCUCAUUCCGUUCCCAUACAAAUUGCCAUAGAAAGUAAAUAUACGGGCUGGAUUAGAGUAAAAGCUCUUUUCUAUAAAGAGGAAUUGCCUUCUGAUGCCAUUGAACAAUUAGUUUCACAAACAAACUUUGAAACGACGAGUACAAUUUGCUUCUUGUUUAAAAAGUUAGUGUGUAGGACUUUACGAGCCCACAUGUAACAGGUCUGUCCACCUCCUUUCAUUGUUGUAGCCCUGGGUACUUCACUCAGCCUCCUCUUUAAGGUUCAAGUUUUUUCUAAUUGUAAACAUCAUUCAUUACUCAGUAGUUUUUAAAAGUAUCAUAGUUAUUUUUAAAAUUUCUUUAUUCUGAGAAUUUAAUUAAUAAAAAAUCUUUUGUAGACACUUAGAACACAGAUUUUCUUUUGAGUGUGUGUUUUAAAGAUGCUUCUAGUCCUGUGAUUCUAAGCCCUAUCAGACCUACUUCCUUCUUAUAUAUCAGCUCUUCCAUAAUACCCUCUAUUCUCUGCUGGAGUAAAAUUCAUACAAAAUAUAAUCUACCUACUCACUUAGUUGAAAACUGGCCUCUGUAUUUCUAAGUCAUAGAGUCAAAACACUUCUCUCUGUUGAAACAUGAGAUGGAAUAGAGACAAAGUAUCACAGAAAUCGAUUCUUCUUUCUUGAAACCCACCAUGUCUUCAAGCUUAUGUUCAGUUCCCUGUUCUGUUGAUUAUGGGAGAAGAACUGAGAGUGGUCAAGGUCAGUGAGGCAGGAUCUCACUGGAAUUCAGAUGUGUUAGUGGUCAGUAAACAGAGACAGAGAAACACCUUGAAAUAGAACGAAGUGUUUUUAAAAAAGCGAGAGGUUACACUAAGGAGCCCACAGAUGAGCACCUAUUUGUGACAGGGUACUAGCAGCCAGUUGUUGGAAAAUGCCUCAAGAACUGGCAUGGGGAGUGAGGCAGGAGACAGAACCCACAGGGCUUGGGACCGUCCCUCAUUCACUUUUUCAACCAGGCAGCUAUGCUUUUAGUUUUUCUGUAUGAGGUUCUGCUUAACAUUUAACUUGGACAGAUAUGCUGCUGCUUCAAAAAAAAAAACAACAACACAACAAACCUCUCAGUUCCAGAAU